GUGUGACCUCCGUAAACCGUAAUACGGUAAUAGGAUUGAGUUGCUUCUUCCACUCUCACCACAGACUCUCAGGGUUUCUGCUUUCCACACUCACCAGCCGCCAUGUCAUCCAACUAAGCGGUGUUCUUUAAUUUUUAACGACACAACGUAAUCUCGUAAUUGCUCCCUACUCUGUCUUUUUUCUAGGUUUGAUAGUUUGAUGUUCUUUCUUGUUUCAUUGUUUUGAUUCUUGAAUGAUCUCGGUUUCUUGUUUCUCGAAUGAUUUCAGUUAAUCUUCACUUACAAUUAACUGAGCCUCUAUUCAUUAUAAUUGGUGCUGCAAGAUCCAGUGUGUCUUACCUGUCUCGCUGAUGUGGUUUUGAGCAACUUCCCCGUGGUUCAAACUCUAAUUGUUUGUUUUAUAAUUGCAGGUACUAUAUGAUGUAUAAAAAACUUGCUUCAUAGUGGUCUUGAUUUCAAUGGAAGCUACUGAUAAAGAUGAAAAGAUUGCCUGCACGAUUGGUAACAGAUCAACUAGUGAUGUUGUGGUGAGGCUACGCACACAGGAAGGUCGGGAUGAUUGGCUAUACUGCCACUCAGGGAUUCUUAUAAAAAAUUGCAAGUAUUUUGCGGAUCGGCUGUCUGAGAAUUGGCCAACAUGUCAGAUCCUUGAUUCACGUAACUGUGUUGACGUCUAUUGCCAAGAAUCAGAUUUUGAUUACCAUGUAAAUCUUAUACGCCUUCUCUACAUUGUCAUAGAUGGUUCAGUUGAUGAUUUGUGGCAUGGUGUUAGAAAUGCCCUUGGCAUUCUCAAGGUGGCAGUUGAUCUUGGAUGCCCACAAAUUAUUACAGCAUGUGUGAACUACUUAGAAGCAGUCACAUGGGAAGAAGCCGAGGAAGAGGAGAUAUUGAAAAUUGUACCUCGAAUGGGAUUACAAGCCGAGCCUAUCCUAGCUAGACUUCAACCAGUCACCCAGUCAGCUAUCAUAAAUAUCUUUCUGUCAGCCAUCCGCUUUGCUACAUCAUCCCCUCCCCCAUCAAUGGAUGAUCUUAAAUCUUCGGCACAGGAGCAAAUUGAGUACAUGCUAACUGAAGAUGAUGAUGCCCCUUUAUUGACAGCUGAUGACAACAUAAAAGUUGAGGUAAAAGAAUGUGUGAACAGCCUGUUUUCCAAGUUUAACAAUUCAUUAAUAGCUUUGUUCUGUGGUUCUACAGAAUCACUUUCUAAGGCAGGGAAUAUUCAGUUGUUACAGUCCUAUUUGACUGAUUUGUCAUGGGUUUAUCAGAUAUUGAUUAAGUUGGAAAUAAUGAGAGAAUUUGUUGACUAUUGGUUUGAUGCAUCAGAAAAGAUUGUCAAGGUGCUUGAGCAAGGAAGUUCUACAACUGAAGUCAUUGAGAUAAAGUUGCGAGCUAUUGAGGUGACAUCAAAGGUUUUAGAGGCAAUUGGGUAUGGUACUGUUAUAUUGCCAACUGCCAAACGUCUUCAGGUUUUGAAAGUGUGGCUUCCAUUUGUGAGGGUUACAAAACCAUUGAUUGAUUCUGCUAAAAUGAAUUGUGAGAAUGAUGUGGUACUUAAAGUAGAUGACGAAUUGUGGCAAUCCCUAGAAUCCACUUUUGUUUCUAUCAUACUUGCAUUACCAUCAGGGGAUCAGGCAGAGGUUUUAACUGAAUGGUUGGAAAAUAAGUAUAUCCGGUAUCCAGACCUAACUGAAGCAUUUGAAGUAUGGUGUUAUAGGUCCAAGGUUGCUAAGAGAAGACUAUCGUUGCUGGGGGAUGAGCAUGCCAUGACCAACUCAAUUUGAUGCUUUCACAAAUUUAGUUUCUUUAUAUUAGACUACCAAUCCAGGAUUCCGACCUUGUCAAGGCAUCUAGAAGAGAACAUUCUCUCUUUUUUGCACGUGAAUGGAAAUUUUUGUAGAAGGCAUCUAAAAUUAAUUGUCUCCAUUCUCGUAUUAAUUGCAUUGUGUAGAUUUUGUAAAACAUUGUACUUCUAACUGAACUGUAUAGAAUGUAUUUUUGAAAUAUUCGUUUCAGAGGGAACAAAAUCAUGAUGCAUAACUGACCUAAGUAUAUUAAUGGAUUGGUUUUGCCUGGGCAUUUCUAAUCACAUGGAGAUAUAGCUUAAGUCAGUUGGUGCUGCUUGGUUUUCCCACGUCACAUAACGCAUGCGUAUAAUGUCCAGUGUUUUUGGCAGGAAAGGAGAAAAGUGUAACUAUUUACCGUAGAAUACUGAAUGGUUUAGUGUUUCUUAUGU